AUCUUUGUGCGGGGCGCUUUUCGCCCUCCGCUCUCCCGACUUCUUUUUUUACUUGAAUAAGCCGGCCGGCGGCCCGGUGGAAGGGCCGGCUGGGGACGCGCACGCGCAGUGAGUGGGCGGCGACUGCCCGCCGGGCUGCACAAUGGAGCUGCUGGUGGCGUGGACGCUGCGGGUGGCUGCCUUGUCCCAGCUGGUCCUCAGCCCGGGGAGCAGCGCCGCAGGUACAAAAUGGAAACAUUUCAUCAACCAGAUUGACAGAGCAGUGGAGGGCUACAGACCAUGUAUAAGGGAGAAUUGCAGUUGCUACCAAAGUGUUAGGGAGCAGGACUUGGCUCCCUUUCAAGGAGGCAUCUCCAAGGAGCUGCUGUCUGAUGUGGUUAGCCGGAAGCUUGGGACGCACUACCAGAUCAUCAAGAACAAGUUGUACCGUGAGCAUGACUGCAUGUUCCCUGCUAGAUGUAAUGGGGUCGAACAUUUCAUUCUGGAGAUCAUCGGCCGCCUCCCGGACAUGGAGAUGGUGAUCAAUGUGCGAGAUUACCCCCAGGUCCCCAAGUGGAUGAAGCCAGUCAUCCCGGUAUUCUCCUUCAGCAAGACUUCCGAGUACCAUGAUAUCAUGUAUCCUGCCUGGACGUUUUGGGAAGGGGGACCAGCUGUUUGGCCAAUUUACCCGACAGGUCUUGGGCGCUGGGACUUAAUGAGAGAGGACCUCCGAAGAUCUGCAGAAAAAUGGCCGUGGAAGAAAAAAAUCUCCAAAGGAUAUUUUCGAGGAUCCAGAACAAGUCCUGAGAGGGAUCCCCUCAUUGUUCUGUCUCGAGAGAACCCAGAACUCGUCGAUGCUGAGUACACUAAAAACCAGGCCUGGAAAUCUGAAAAAGACACUCUUGGGAAACCGCCUGCGAAGGAAAUUCCUCUGGUCGAUCACUGCAAAUACAAAUACCUGUUUAAUUUCCGGGGGGUAGCAGCCAGUUUCCGCUUCAAACACCUCUUCUUGUGUGGCUCAUUAGUCUUUCACGUAGGGGAAGAGUGGCUGGAGUUCUUCUACCCACAGCUGAAGCCUUGGGUACAUUACAUCCCAGUCAAACCAGACCUCUCUGAUGUCAGGGAGUUGUUGCAGUUUGUGAAGGAAAAUGAUGAUCUAGCACAAGAAAUUUCAGAGAGGGGGCACCAGUUCAUCAUGGACCACUUGCAGAUGGAGGACGUCUCUUGUUACUGGGAGACUCUGCUGACUGAAUACUCUAAAGCUCUGACUUACAAAGUUAAGAGGAGGAAAAACUAUGAUGAGAUUGUCUCCAAACACUUGAAAACAGAACUUUAAAACCAUUGUGAUUCUCUUUCCAAUUCAAGGCCUGGGGCUGGUGGUCACUGAAAAUCCAAAAACUGGUGUACCUUCUGUUACUCUUCUUCCCUCAGAUUUAUUAUCUCAUACUCUAAAGCAGUGGUUCUCAACCAGGGUCCGCGGACUAUGUCUGAAGUGUCCAUGAAAGUCUUAGACUGAAAACUGACUGAACAGAAUUCAACUACACCUCUACCCUGAUAUAACGCGACCCGAUAUAACACGAAUUCGGAUAUAAUGCGGUAAAGCAGCACCCCUGGGGGGUGGGGCUACGCACUCCUGCGGAUCAAAGCAAGUUCGAUAUAACGUGGUUUCACCUAUAAUGCAGUAAGGUUUUUUUUUGGCUCCCGAGGACAGCGUUCUAUUGAGGUAGAGAUGUAUAUAUACAGACAAUGUAUUUCCAAAGGGGUCCACACCUCCAUUCAAAAUUUCCAAAGGGGUCUGCAAAUGAAAAAAGUUUGAAAACCACUGCUGUAAAGCUACAGCAAGCAGCAUUGUUGUUACUUCAAAACAGUUUGUGUACCAUGAGACUGAAUCAUGUUAGCUAGACCCCAAACUCCUGGAGAACAGUGCUUAGAGCAGGGAACUGGCAAUCAAGAUUCAUGGGUUUUGUUACCACCCCUAUCUCUAACUCACUAUGAGCCUGAUUCAAAGUCCAUUGCAGUAAGUGGGAGUCAUCAGUGGCCUUUGGAUCAGGCCCCAGGCUCUAUGUGCCCUCAGGCUAGUCAUUUAAACACCUCUGUGCCUCCCUCCAUGUAGGUAUACUCCUGUUUGGGGCAAAUUGCCAACGUUAUUGUGAUUGUGUGAUGGCAGUUUGGGAACAAGUGUUUCCUGUCAGCAGCCGUGGUUGGGAUUUUAGGUUACCGUUAUGGGUAGGUUAGGGUUGUUGUUUUUUUAAGUCUGUAAAGCACCCAGAUGUUAACGCCAUGUUGGACACUAAAAAGUACCUUUGAACAGCUAAACUUCCUACCUCUACUGAGGGGUUUUGAUGAUGGAUGAAUGUUUUUAAAGUGCUCUCUGAUCCUGAGAUGAGAGGUGCAGUCAUAAUGCACAAUGUUCUCUGCCUUUGCUACCCUAAGGUGUAUGCCUCCCAUCCCUUGCAUUUGCCCUAAAUAAUCUCAAGGCCUUGCAUAAAGACCGCCUGUCUUUUGACCAAGGAUAGCUGGAUGGAGGUUUUAGUCUGUGCAUUCCUUUGGACACUUUUACCUUAUGUUUUAAAAAUUGGGUGGUUCUUCAAGAGAUGUUCCUGUGGUUGCUCCACUCCAGGUGUUGGUGCGUUGCUGCGCCUUCGCUCGGAGAUUUUUACAGCAGUACUUGUACCGGUCACGCAUGUGCAGAGCCUGCCUCCUGCCUCCCCUCUGCUCUGAAUGUAUCUUAAUAGUAUGUGUGCCUCCUCAGUUCCUUCUCUACCAUCUCUGGCCUGAGACGGAGCUCAGCAGACUUGUUAGAGACUUUCUCUCCCUUUGUUCAAAUUCCUUCCUGGUUAGUUAGUUUGUUACCAGUAGUACUUAGUUACCAUUUAUCAAAAUAAAUAAAUAUAUUUUUUUUCUUCGUUCCUGUCAGCGACAGCUGCUUCUGACAUGCCUGGCUCCCCAGGCUUUAAGCGCUGCUCUACCUGCAAUGAUGCCAUCCCUCUUUCGGAUGGCCAUUCAAAAUGCAUAAAAUGUUUGGGGGAGUCCCACAUCCCCCAAAAAUGUGCCCACUGCAGCAAGCUUAAAUCCAGGGAAUGGAAGGACAAGAAGCUGACACUAAAACGCUCCUCUUUCAGAAAUCCUUAGGGUCAGCUUCAAACCUGGGUGCCGACUCUGCUGCACACCACAGCCUCCCCCCUGCCCCACCUCAAAGGAAGAUAAAAAAAACUUCAAAGAACGGCACCUUCUCUCACCCGCAAAGGGAACUUCGUAGGAGAAGACUUCCCCGGGCAGGUCUACAGCCUCCCUCUUGGCUGAGCACUUUUGACGCUCUGGGCUCCUCUGGCGCUGUGUGAAAUGCGGCUGCGGCGGUAGCACAAAACUCCGGUGCCAAGGCUUCAGGCUUCCAGUUGCCUGCCUCUCUCAUGGCACCGUUCGGCUCCGCAAAGGAAGCAGUGCCGACACAUGCUGACAUGCCUGACCCCCCGCAGGCUAUUCUUACUCUCCCGGCACCGUCUCCCGCUGAGCUGACUGGCAGUGAAACAAGGCUCAGGACACCGGUGCAGAGGAACCUUUCUUCACAGCAGAUUCCUCUUGCACAGCCCUCACCUCACAGAGGAGCUCCAGCACCGCAGUUUACACAGUCAAAGGACUGGCUGGUGUCACCUAUCCUGCAGUCACCCCUACUUAAUGCCUACUUCUCUCCAAAUGCUCAGUCAGGGUCCGCACAGCCUUCCUCCAGUGAUGAGGAAGCUGGUCUGCAGGGAGAAUUUUCACCAUAUCAAAUCUCCCAUCCUCAGACCCCAAUCAAUAGAGGUCAUAGAAAAAUUACCUCGUCCUAUUCUCAGGAUCCUGCCCCGUGGUGCGUAAACCCCUGGAUGGCACCACCUCUUCCCUUCCCACCACAGUGGCAAUAUUGGGCUCCAUGGGCAUCUUAUCUUCGAGACCACACUCGUUAUGCCACCACAGCCAGGCAUGACACCUGCCCGGCACUGCCUUGACGAACCUGCCUCUGAUGUAAGGCAUCAUGUCACAACUGCAGGAUCGGUCAUGACGUGCCUCAAAUCCAGUAGACCCAGUUGUUAUGCCUGAUGCCUUACUUUCUCCUCCCCCGAUUUCUUCGGAUGACUUCUCAAAAUUUCAAGACCUUUUCAAAAGAGUUGCCAGUGAGUUAAGAAUUAACUUGGAGGAGGUUCCUAAACAGCAGCAUGAGUUAAUGGACAUCCUGCAACCCCCUUCUUCUGCAUUACUGAUCAAUGCAGCCCUUUUGGAACCUGCUACGGCCAUCUGGCAGACUGCUGCAAGCCUACCUACCUGUAAACGAGCGGUCCGCAAGUACUUCAUCCCUUCCAAGGGCUCUGAAUUCCUUUUCACUCAUCCAGCGCCAGACUCGCUGGUAGUAGAUGCACUCAACCAAAAGACCAAACACCAGUUUUCCCCGCUGCACCCCAUCCGACCAGGACAGUAAGUGAUUAGAUCUGCUCAGACGUAAAGUAUAUAUAUCUUUUACGUUACAAUUUCGCAUUGCUAAUUAUACUGCCGUUCUGGCAAAAUAUGACCACAAAAAUUACAACAAAUUCAUGGACUUUAUUGAUGACAUUCCAGAAGAAAAGAAACAAUUAUUCACGGCUCUAGUUUCCGAGGGGCAAAUCAUCUCAUGUACUUCUCUUCAAGCAGCCCUCGAUGCAAUCAAUACUGCAGCAAGAUCCACUGCUACAGCAGUGGUCAUGUGCCGAGGUUCAUGGGGCUCCUCCUCUUCCUUUUCUCGAGAGGUCCAGAAUACCAUUGAAGAUCUUCCCUUUAAUGGCGACAAACUCUUGCCUCCACAAUGAAUGACGUACUUCCAUUCAAUGAAGGACUCAAGGGCAACUCUCUGGUCCUUAGGAAUUCAAACCCCUAUAACCAUAAGGCGACAAUAUAGAUAUCAACCUUACCAGCGUCCAUGCUACCCCGCAUAUACCCAGCACUUCCAUAGAUCACAUGAGCAACAACAGCAACGCCAGAGACCCAGAUACCAGCGUCAUCGUCCCAAUUCCUCGGCAGCGUUUCAACCCCCUCCGACUAAUAAGCAGAUUUGAAGCCUUGGUUGAGGAUUUAGAAAACAACAUUCCCACUUCAGCACUUACACCCCAUGUCCUAUUUUUGGACACUGCUUACGGCCAUUCUCCCAUCAAUGGCAGAACAUUACCACCGACAAGUGGGUUAUAGAGGUCAUCACAAUUGGCUAUUCCAUCCCUUUCAUAUCCUUGCCUUCCACCCACCCACCCACCCUCCCCGUCCCUCUUCAGGGACCCCUCUCACGAGCAACUGCUCCUCCAAGAUGUACAACAUCUCCUUCUAUUGGGAGCAGUGGAACUUGUGCCCGAACAACACCGAGGAAAAGGGUUUUAUUCCCAUUAUUUCUUAACAGAAAAGAAAACCGGGGGAUGGCAACCGAUCCUCGACCUCAGGCGGCUCAAUAAAUUCAUCAAAAAGCAAAAGUUCAGAAUGGUUACCCUCACCACCAUAAUCCCAGCGCUGGAGCAGGGUGACUGGUUUUCAGCCCUCGACCUAUAGGAUGCCUAUUUUCAUGUUACUAUACAUCCGGCCCACAGACGUUUCCUUCGUUUUACCCUCGGCUCUACACAUUUUCAAUACAGGAUGCUACCCUUCAGCAUAUCCACCCCCCCAUGUUUUUUCCAAGCUCCUAGCCAUAGUCACUGUCUACCUCAGGAAACAAGGGGUCAUAAUAUUUCCUUACCUUGACGAUUGUCUACUCAAAGCCUCAACGCUCGAUGAAGCACUUUGAUUCACGCAGCUCACUGUCGCUUGCUUCCUGGUCCUCGGCCUACAAAUAAACAAAAACAAAUCCACGUUGUCUCCUACCCAGCACCUGGAGUUCAUAGGAGCACACCCCAACUCCCAGAUGGAAAUAGCAUCUCUCCCACCCAAUCGCUUCAACACCAUAAAGCUAUUGACAACAAAACUUCGCAACAGUCACCGCUCGAGGCUAUCUACAACUAUUAGGUCACAUGGCCCAGUGCACUUUCGUGGUCCAAAAUGCACAACUAUAUUUGAGGUGCUUCCUAGCUUGGUUGGCCAUGGUUUACAGACCGAAUGUACACACUCUAAACAAGCCUCUAUUCAUACCUUUUAGAGUCAGACUCUCUCCUAUAGUGGACAGUUCCCUCCAACCUCUGCUUAGGAGUCCCCUUUCUCCAGGAUGCUCCAUCCCUCAUAAUGACUACAAAUGCUUCCCUCACAGGGUGGGGUGCACACAUGUCCCACCACACAGCCCAGGGGCUAUGGUCUGCAACCGAAACCUCCCUGCACAUAAAAGUCCUAGAACUUCGAGCCAUACGCAACGCCUGCCGUCACUUCCUCCCAUUAAUCCGCAACCAACAUGUAUGGAUAAUGACAGACAACAUCUCUUGCGUGUUCUAUGUAAACAGGCAGAGAGGCGCUUGCUCUCACUUGAUUUGCACAGAAGCUGUGAAGCUCUUGAAUUGGUGCCUUAUGAAUAACAUCCGGAUAUCAGCCGCCUAUCUUCCCGGAGCUAUGAAUACCACAGCGGACGAAUUAAGCAGACGCUUUCCCUGGGAUCAAGAAUGGGCGAUAAAUGAGACUAUCAUCUGCAACAUAUUCCACAUUUGGGGCUACCCAACCAUAGACCUUUUUGCAACUGCAAAAAACACUAAAUGUCCCGAAUUUUGCUCCAGAGCGGGACUGGGCAAACAUUCCCUGGGUGAUGUAUUUAUGGUCCCAUGACACCAGGACUUACUCUGUGCUUUUCCCCCGAUACCGGCUCUCCACAGAGUUCUGACAAAGAUACGAACAGAUCAUGCCACAGUGAUUCUGAUUGCCUCGUCGUGGCCCAGACAACCAUGGUUUCUGUUCCUCACCAGAAUGUCAAUUCGCCCACCAAUUUCGUUGCCCCUCACUCCAAAUCUCCUAUCACAGCAAUAUGGAUGAUUUCUUCACCCCAAACUGUCUAUGCUUCACCUCAAAGCUUGGUUCCUACAUGGUUCUCCCAAAACGAACUAGCAUGCUCUGAGCAGGUUCAAAGAGUGCUCCUACAUAGCAGAACACAAUCUACUCGCAUCCCCUAUCUACGAAAGUGGAAGCGAUUCAAAUAUGGUGUUCAACUAAACAACAUCCUCCUACUUCUGCACCUCUUCCACUUGUACUUGACUACCUGUUAGACCUUAAGCAAUCUGGCCUUUCUUUCAGCUCCAUCAAAGUCCACUAAGCCGCAAUUACAACUUUUCAUGACAAGAUUGACGAUACCUCUGUUUUUGCUCAUCCAAUCACCAAGCGUUUUUUCAAAGGACUCCAAUCCCUAUACCCAGACAUUAAACCUCCUACCCCUCCGUGGGACCGUCACUUAUUAUUAUCCUGCUUAACUCAACAACCAUUCGAGCCCCUAGCCACUUGCUUCCUCUUACGCCUCUCUAUGAAAACAGCAUUCUUAGCGGCAAUCACCUCCGCCAGACGGGCAGGAGAAAUAGCAGCUCUCAUGGCAUACCCACCGUAUACACUAUUUUUUAAGGAUAAGAUUACCCUUCGAUUACACCCCAAAUUUCUUCCAAAGGUGCAUUCAUCAUUCCACAGCAAUGAGCCAAUACACCUACCAACCUUCUUUCCUAAACCACAUGCAAGCUUUUUUGAAUCCACAAUGCAUACGUUAGAUAUACGCAGGGCUUUGUCCUUCAAUUUGGAUAGAACCAAGCCCUUUAGGAACUCUUCUAGACUCUUUGUCUCCAUUGCGGAGCGUUCCAAAGGGACACCUAUUUCUACCCAGAGACUUUCAAACUUGAUUUUUGAGUGUAUCCGACUGUGCUAUCAGAUAAAGAAAGUUACGCCUCCUGUCGGCAUCAGAACUCACUCCAUUAGAUCUGUGACUACCUCCGUGGCUUUUCUACGCAAAGUUCCCCUGGUUGACAUCUGUAAAGUGGCCGCUUGGUCUUCUGAACACACAUUUGUUAAGCACUAUGCCCUUACUCAAGGCCCUCUCUCUGAUACAUGAUUAGGCAGAGCUGUAUUAUCUACUGCAUUCCUACCAAAUCCGAAAUCCCUACCUCCUUGAGGUACACUGCUUUUAAGUCAGCUGGAGUGGAGCACCCACAAGAACAUCUGAAGAAGAAGUUGUUGUUGUUGUUGUUACUCACCUGUGCAGUAACUGACAUUUUUCGAGAUGCAUUGGGGUAGCCUCCGUUGUAGAGAAGGAACUGAGGAGACCGGUCGCUCAUGCGUACUAUUAAGGUACACUCAGAGAGGGGGGGUUGGGGGGCAGGCUCUGCGCAUGCGUGACCGGUACGAGUACUGCUGUAAAAAUCUCUGAGUGAAGGCGCAGGGAUGCACCAGCACCUGGAGUGGAGCACCCACAGGGACACUCAUCUCGAGGAACGUCAGUUACUGCACAGGGUGAGUAACCUCCUCUGUCUUAUCCAUGUAAGCUGUGAAUUGUCCAUCUCUGUGAGUUGAGACUCUGUCUCCUUCUAGACCAUGUACAUGCUGUGCUAACAGAACCAGCUUGCAUGAUUCUCAGCACAUUGGCUUUGAAUAUGCAAGGUUGGAUGUCACUGGAGCACUUCUUUUUUGCAGCCUUUCAACGUGGCUCCUUAGUUCUGUGGUGGGCUCACUGCAGAAUGAAAUAAAGUGCUAAGGCUGUCUGAAAGCACAACAGUGUAAGCAACUGCUUGGGGUCUCACUCUUUUGAGGUUCUUGCAUCUCAUGUGAGUACCGCAACUCGGCUGGCCAUGUGCUACCGAGAUAACUGGUGGGAUGGGGAGUGGAAACAGAGGGGAGAUGGAAGCAACUACUUACCCUCUCCUCCUCCUUUGGCAACUGAAUCAGAGGAGUAGAAAAAGCCGUGACCUGAUUUUUCUGACUUCUGGCAGAUUGGGGUGCUGCAGAGUUCUCACACACAAACAGACUCCAACAUCAGGCCCCAGUACAGGGCAAGAAGGACUAGACAUGACAGGCAAACAUCAGUUUCCAGUGCAGAGCACCAAUUACAGGACCACUAUCUGGGCUGACCCAGCAUGUAAAAGAAUGAAAUCAGGAAAUGAAUAUCUUGGAGUCAGAACUGUGUAAUAUUGGAAGACUUUUUAAUAAAAGCUUGAAUGACAGGUUUUAAUAAGGAGAUGGAAUUAUCUGAAAUGAUAGAACAGAUUUAUCUACUGUAUUUUUAAACCCUUUUGUUUUUAAUGAAGUGCUUUUGGAUUAAAAACAAAAAAUCAACAA